AAUAAGCCGCUGGUAUCAAAAGACCGGAUUACUCCGAAAAAUAAGUACCAAAGUCUUUCAAUGAACAUCGAACGGGAAAUUAUAAAGAAAAGAGGUCAACUCAAUGCAAAUAAUGAUAGGAUGUCGAAUAGUAAACGGGAGGUUUAGACUUAGCAGCUCAUGCAUUGGGGUUCAAUUUGUCCAAACCGUGUGUUUAACCUCCAUUCAUAAAUCAUUCUUUCGUCCUUCAUUCAUAUGAACUCGGGAGAAAAUAGCAAUAUAUUACGUAGCACAUAAUUGAGAAGUGGAUAAAGCUAUCUUAUAAAACCUGUAUACCCCUAUGUUAUGUUGGAACUUCUCGUAUAUAUCAGCUGGACAAAAUCAACAUCAAGAUAUGUCAUUUCAAAAAGUUUAUGGAAACACAAAAUAUUUUCUCUUAAAUAAUAACUGACGAAGUCAGUGCAUUUAGCUUUUGAUACAAGUUAUUCUUUGGAUGACAUUUGUCUGCAAAUCAAAAUAAAAUUCUUUGAAAUGAUCUUUAUUCACUGUGUUCAUUAGUCCAAGGACGUUUGUAAAUGAGUGCAUUUCCCCCAGACUUAUCGGAACAAUCUAACAAACUUCAGUCUCUGUCAUUGUUUACUAACUUUCGAUCUCUGUCAUUGUUUUGAACACUCCGCUAUGAAAAGAAUGCCCAUUUCCCUUGCAAAUUAACAAACACCUUUGUUCUCUAUCAUAGAACACAACUAUACAUUUUCAAAAACGAAAAUAAAUGGUCAUCAGAGCGAACAAUUAGAAGCAUAUCAAUUUCAAGACCACGCGACUUUUGUAAAAAUCCUUAUAGCAUACACUGUCCAGAAUAAAUUCGAACGCAUUUCGCUGUACAUAUGCGGUCUAUGUAAUUCAUAGGAACGGCAAAGUCAACUGGAUAUACUUGUGCGAAAGUGAUCGGCAUUGUGUAAUGAAUAGCGAGACGGCAUUGUUCACUAAUCCCGGUUUUUCUUUCUUGAUCGUUUUUCACUUGUCUAAACAUGGUACUUCUUAAAAACAAGAAUAGUGGUAUUAAGGGGAUUAGGAAAUACUUAUCGAUAGAAUUUCAAUUAUUUUGUAAAAUUGUGUUUUGAAAGGAUAAACGGGUUAAAUAUACGGAAAAAGGACAUAUCUCUGGCGAAAAGUGGAGGAUAUCUGUGUUCUGAAGGGUAAGUUUUGGUAGUCUUUUUAAAUUAUUGAUUUGAAAGGUGGGGACACAAUGAAUCCCCGUCCAGGUCUGUUUAUCAGAGUGCGGAAUUUACAUUUCAUUUCUAUAUCAAUUUUAAUCCUGGUUUCCCUGUGUAAUUUAAUUAUAGUUCACAGCGGGCCUAUGUACAUAGUAGAGAAUUCAACAGACCGAAAAUACAUCGUGUAGCAAGUAAUUUCCUCAAAUUGACGCGCGAUUUACUCAGGCCUCUGUAUUUCUUACAUGCAAUUUACACCUCGGAGAAUUUAGCUACUCUACUUUGAAAGACCCUAUUUUUUUAGACAGGUUAAUUGGAGCCAAUACCCCGAACAUGUUCAAUGUUCUCACAGCUGAUGCACGGUGAUGGAGGGAUACGCUCCGUGAAAUGAUGGAUGUUCCGUGGGGAAAUACUUCUGGGUCCCAGAGCUUGGACUUUCUUCACGACAGCGACAUCGAUCUGGAGAGCUCGCUUCCUUUGUAUCUUGAGGAACGACAGAUUCGCAGGAGAGUGAUAUAUACGGGACGGAAGAACAAAUCUACCUCUGACGAAAUCAGUACAGUUCAGGAACUGAGUACUGACGAAUACACCCCAGGUGUGUUAAAAAUAUUUGGGGACAAAAUUGUUCCUGGCGUAGAGUAUAAAAGUGUUCUAGCUUCCAAGAGAUCCACUGCGAUAGAACUUGUAAAACAGGCAUUGGAACGGUAUGGAUUACCCACGUCUAUUCACUCUCAGUACGUGCUCUGUGACGUGGUAGGAACGUGUCUAUCUAGUGAGGCGUCAUCGGACAAUACUGGUACUGAGUUAGUCAGAAGAAAUAAUUCUAAAUGGAGAAGAGUGUGUUCUCGUGUUAUAUCGGAAUACGAUCGACCCCUCCUGCUCCAGAAUUACUGGAAGCCAGGGGAGGGUCACAGUCGACGAUAUGAACUCCGUAUGAAAUCAGAGUUUUCUGCAAUUCCCUCGGAGGACGAUACGUACGGACUGAAUGAGAAUGCCCGGCGGAUCUCAAUGUCCAAACUCCGGAGGGGUGCCAUCCCGUCGUCCAUUACGUGGAAUGAGAGGAAGAUAGAAAAGUUUGCAGAUGAACUUAAUCUAGAUGGAACUAUGUCACGUAUUAAGUCACCAUGGAUGGUGAAGAAAAACGAGUGCAAUAAAUUUUUCAAUGGGCUAAGCAUCGAAGAUUCCACCGAUAUUCCCCCCGGUCCAGAACCUGCGGAGUAUCUUCCAAGCAAGAUACAAAAUACAGACACUUUUCCAUUUCCGCCAACAAAUCGACCGUUCUUACUGACCCUGAGGGGGCAUGACCCAAACAGAGAUCCCUUGUUCCAUGUGUUAGAGUCCAGAACAACUCUUGUGUGCAAUACAAAACAGAACAGCUCAAAAUGCAUCAGACUAUGCGCCCCUGAUAUACAAAUAAAACACUGCCAUCUUCAUCUCCGACGUUUGACGUCAUCUGACAAUCGUUGUCCCGGUUAUAACUACUGUUUAGAGGUUGAAUGUGUUGCCCCCUCGAACAUCCGAGUAAAUGGGUAUCCUGUCGGCUCCAGAACUACGGUACAAUGUGGGGACAUGUUGUCACUGGGUUGUUAUUACGUGUUCGUCUUUAAGGAUCUUACCGCAGGAAUGGACAUUCCGAGAGAUCUUCCGUGGUUAGGGACAGUUGACUCUAACUGUAACUUGACUGAUGAUAGCCCGUAUCUCUCCAAGUACCCCAACAAACAGAACAUCGUACACGUCCCUCCCUUAAUGUUGGCCCCAGCCGUGGACGACUCCAUCUCUGUGUCUACGGUGGAAUCCUCAGGCGAGUCAGUGGGAGAGCGCUUCCGGUUCGCCUACGCACGUGAUAAAGAAGAGGAGGUUGUCAAGGCGAUUGCUGCUGUGAUACGUCAGAAUUCUGUGGAAUUUUCAUUGGCUCCCGCCUUUUUGUAUAGUAUGUGUGUAGAGUAUGCCUGUCACCAGACAGAUAGACACCACGUCAGAAAUCUGUUGCUGAGGAUCCUUGUGGUUACCAGGGAGAGUGUUGCGGAGCUGUCUAAAGCAUUACAAAACAACAAAUUCAAUUGUGGUUUGAUUAAAAGUAAGAAGCAUGUGACUAUUGGAGAGGACUACCUGAAAUCCUUGAUAAGAUGGAUGUCCAACUGCGUCCAGUUAAUACUGUACCUCAGGGGACAAUCCUCCAAAUACCGGACCGGGGGGAGGGGAAGGUUGGACGACGACAUCCAGGGAGCAUUUCAAGAACUGGCCUCUGGUCUGGAGGAAAUCGUCGUCUUCUGCUUUCAGCAAACUGUCUACACUAUCACAAAGGCACUUCAUGUGCUGUUGUCAGCAGUGCUGGACAGUAAUCCUUUCUCAGAAAAUCAUGGAUCAGAUAGGCGAGGAGGAGUGUGGAAAAUCCCAAUGGUCCUUGACGUCAUAGUGCAAAUGACCACUGGUCAACAGUUACACACUGAAGUUACAAAACAACUCUUUAUGUACAUUUUCUUCUUUUGCAGUACAUCUGUUUUCAACAGACUCUUCCUAAAGGAUUCUGGACCAAUCUACUAUAAUUGGACAGCGGGCGUGCGAAUUCGUGCCAACCUUGGGGAGUUAGAAGAGUGGGCAACAAGAAAUGGUUUGGACGAAGAAUUCAAUCAACUAUUUGAGAAACUCUUAACGGCUGCAGAGCUUCUGUCAACUUCUAAAUCCCUUUUACUCAAGUACGACUGGAUGAACAUGAGAGUAAACUAUCAACCACUGAACGAAGCCCAGUUACACCGUCUGUUACAAGGAUAUAACCUCAGUGGGAAGUCGGCACCAUAUGGCUGGAGUCCACCCCCAGAAGAUCAACAUCAAGCUCUGCAGGAGGAUGAGAUUCUACUGGAGAUGUCCGGACACCCACCUUUCCUAUUCCCACAAGACUAUGGUGUCAUAGAUCUCGCUCAUCCACCGGACGACAAAGAGUUUUGGACACAUUUCAAAAAACUCUACACACAAUAUGGUGUUAUCGAAGGUUCGUCAAUUACGGUGUUUAAUGACAGCGACAUUGGAUCAAACGCUUCACAGACGCCGCGAUUUACGGGUAGUUUUCCAAAAGUAGAACUUCAGAAAUCGUUUUUCAGUCAGCCAACGGUGAAAAAAAGGAAUGUUGGAAAUAAACCUCCCCCAAGGCGAGUACAAUUUGCCCCCACAAACAUCGAAGCCAGCUCUGAUGCCCACGAAUGUGUACGAAGUUCUAGCAACUUCCACCAAACUAAUGCUAGUUCAUCAAGUGAUUCUGUGUUGCUUAGAGGGGGUGUUCUGAGAUGUUCUGGGGGUUCCAAUCCAAGAUCUGUGUCUCUGAAUGACUCGGCUGAUAAACGGUUGGAUGAACUGAUUACAAAUGGUCUUGCGAAUGGCACUCCUCUUCCCAUAAGAGGUGAUGUCCAAAACAUUCGAUGUCUCAGCCCUCCCCCACCCUUGCCUCCCCGUAACGGACGAGAAAACGCCAUCGACAAUCCACCCAACUUGCCACCCAAACCCAACGUUGAAAACAUUCAGAUAUCUAAAUCUUCGAUAACAUCAGAACAGUCUGCAUCUCCCAGUGUUCAGUCCCUUCAAAGUGGUGAAAGUCAUGUGACUUCAGAAGUUCCAUUUGAGGAUGAUGAAGGAGAUUAUGUUUUUCCAAAGGAGUUUCUGGUUAACGUGAACAAACAGAUAUUGGACACUCAGCAUCAACACAGAUUAGCCACUAGACAGCAGCACAGUCCCUCAUCCCCGAGAGACGACUAUUCUGACACAAGUGAUAACCAGGAUAUAUCCCCUCGCUCAACCAGUAACCCAGUAUUCGCUGUUAAUAUAGCCAAAGACAGUAAUGGACUGGGGCUCGGGCUUAUUGAUGGACUGUAUACCCCACUUCGUAUGGCGGGGAUCUAUAUCCGGAAAAUUUUGGCGGGAAGUCCUGCAGAGGCGCAGGGACAGAUCUCUGUGGGAGACCGUCUGUUGUGUGUAAACGGUAAAAGCAUUGUUGGAGCAGACUAUCAAAGUGCUAUGAGAUUAAUAAGAGCGUCUGGUGAAAAUCUCACCCUACUUAUUGCUAAAGGAAGCGAUGCCAUCGCCGCGAAAGUGUCUGCUACAAACUGCUGAUAUCUGGAUGAGUGGUGAUAAAAUUGAUAUUGUGUGAACUGUAGUCAGACUUGAUAUCUGGUGAUGAAAUUGAUAUUGUGUGAACUGCAUAUAAACUGUUGGCAGUCUGUAUGUGUACAAAUGGUGACUACCUCUCAUUAAUUAAAAAGUAUUUAUUUCUUUACAAACAUGGACUAAAAUUGCAUAUAGAGUAUUAAUUUUUGUAUCUGUUUUAUACGCUGAUGUUCAAUUAGUGAUAUUUAUACACAAUGUAUAUAAUAAAAGAUUUUUAAAUGAAACAAA